GUAAUUCAAUUCGUAGUCAGGUGUGAGGGAGACCGCGACUGGCACUAGGGGACACACUGAAUGUUGUGAAUAUUAUGAAUGCAGGUUUGAGUUGACUGUGUAGAUGUUGGGCUCGAUAUGUGGAGAAAGAGAGAAUCCCGGAUAUUGAAUAACCAACUGGACAGGUCCAGAAAUUCGUGAAACUUGGAUAUUAUUUACCAAUACAGACAUUGAGUACAACAGUGAAUCACAUUAAAUGUUUCUAAAACACCGGUUAACUCCCAGGUGUAGUAUUGUUUACCUCGGAUAUACUGCCAAUCUUGAUGCUUCACUUGAGCCUCCUCAGUUUAAUCAUUGGAACCCCCUGUACCCAUCUCAUUCAUCCACCUGUCCUGCUUCACGGCCUCGGUUCAGGUGCAGUGGACCAAAUGCUUGAUGCAGAAAACAAACGAAUGACCGAUAAUUUGUCCAGUAAGGUGUCCCGGCUCAAAUCGAUUGCUCUGGAUAUUGACCAGGAAGCUAGCGACCAGAAUAGAUAUUUGGAUGGCAUGGAUUCUGACUUUUUGAGUGCUACUGGACUUCUGACAGGAAGUGUGAAGAGAUUUUCCUUGAUGGUGAAAUCUGGUCGGGACAACAAGAAACUGUUGUGUUAUAUGUCUAUUGGGCUGGUCCUUCUUUUCUUCAUCCUGUACUUCCUUGUCAGGAGAAUUCAGACUUGAUCUUUUUACAGUCGGACAGUGUGGUGAGGAAUAGAUCCAGUGACCAGAGAAUAUUUGCCAAACUUCCUUUGGAUACUGCUAAAAAGGCUGACUGCCCUUCCUUUUGCACCAAAGUUUCUUCACAAAACAAGAUUUCAAGAGGUUCCCUCAAUCAGUCUGGGAAUGAAGAUGAGCCUUCAGGGAGAGAUGAUGGAACAUGAUUUUAUAUGACACUACAGUGCUUGUGACAUGAAAUUCAUAGUGCACACUGAUGUACAGUGCAAAAACUUAACCAGCUUUCAGUGAGAAUGCAAACAUAAAACUGAAUUAGAGCCCCAUUUCUCACUUGAAGUGAGGAGGAUAAAUUGGGACCUCCAUACAACCCAAAUAAAACUAAUUUUUAAAAAUUAUUAACAAAAGAAUGUUAUAGAUUUAUUGCUUCAUGACAUAAUUUAAAUAUUGUAAAGGAUGUUUUGUAUGAUUAAUUCCAAAGAUGAUGAUCCUUUAUUGACUUAAUCUUUGAUUUUAAGGAUUAUUUUUCAAAAUUUUGUUUUGCUAAAUGUGUAGUCAUGAAGUGUAUUAAGAUCGUAAAUUGUUAGUGUUGCU